AUGGGCUCGCUGGCAAAGGCAACUGCCGAGUCGUCCGUGGACCGGUUGACGAUACUGUCGAAAGCAAUUGACGAGAAGACGCGAAUCUUGGCCGAUAAAUUGCGAGCAAAGGGCCUCGAAGCUCCUUCAUUCCAAGCAAAUGGCCUUUCGGAUUUCCCGCUCAACGAAGUAGAUGAUGAAGCCAUCAAGGUUAGACAAGAGAUUAUAGCGCUGACACAAGAGCUCCAUGAUCUUGUCCUGGGUCCUCGCGAAUGGUUAAAGACCAUGGCUUGGGAUGCCAUCAGCUACAUUCCUUUGCAUGCUAUAUGCGAGUUCAAGAUUGCAGAGGCUGUCCCAUUGUCGGGGUCAAUCACGUAUGAAGAUCUCGCAGUUGAAGUCCAUCGUUUAAGUGGCACUACCAUCAUUCCGUCAGAUCUACGGCGUCUGCUGCGCCUUGCUAUUACCAACAACAUGUUUCAUGAGCCAAAGAUUGGUUCGGUUGCUCAUAACCGGACAUCUUUACUUCUGUUAGAUGAUACGGCAUUAGCUAACUGGGUGGCUUUUAACACAAUGGAUAUGAUGGGCCCGGUGGCCAACACAGUUGCAGCCAUGAAGAAGUGGCCCGGAUCGCAAGAGGCCAACGAGACGGGAGUAAACAUUACGUUUAAUCAUAAUGACAGCUUUUUCGACCACUUACAGGCGGACGAGGCACGAGCGAAGCGGUAUGCUGCAAUGCUGCAGUCUCAUGGUAGUCGAGAAGGGUACGACAUAUCCCAUACCGUUUCAGGGUAUCCGUGGGCGAGGCUAGGCUCUUCAACUGUUGUCGAUAUGGGUGGCAACGAAGGAGUUGUGUCGUUUGCCGUGGCGGAACAAUUUCCUCAGCUGCGGUUCAUCGUGCAAGAUUUGUCCGGCAUGCGCACGCCCAAGGCCAUAGACAAGAUACCCAAGAGUCUCGCCGAUCGGGUAUCUCUCACGACGCACGACUUUUUCCAGCCUCAGACAGAAAGCGCGGAUGCAUAUCUGUUUCGACACAUCUUCCAUGCGUUCUCGGACAAGUACGCCAUUGACAUCCUUCGCGCGCUGGUUCCUGCUCUGCGGCCGGGAGCUCGAGUCAUCAUCAAUGACAUCGUUUUACCGGUUCCGGGUGUACUCUCGCAGUUAGAAGAGAAGAGUAUUCGGACAAUGGAUGUGAUGGUGAAGGCUGUUUGUAAUUCACGACAGCGGGAGGUGGAUGACUGGAGGAGCCUGUUUGAGCAGGCGGAUAAGCGAUUUCGAUGGCAGGGGGCGUGGAAGUCGAGUGGCAAGUUGUGGUUUAUAGAGAGUAUAUGGGAGCCUUAG